ACGCGCGGUCCACUCACAAUUCAACACGAACAGCGUUUGGCCUCAUAAAUGCGCAUGCGCAGCAGCGUUUUCCUCUCUGUUUCCUGCGCACAUUGCCACGUUAUUAGCGGCAGACACAAAAUUCAAGCGACACUUCAGACUGUUAAAGGUGAAAGAAUACCCGCCGCGCUAACAGUCUCCCCGGUUUCCAUCACAGUUUCAUUAAUAGCUGGCACGUUUGGAGGUGAUCCGAAAUGCUGAAGUUGUUGAUUGUGUGUGCACUGGCCGCUACGAUCACGGCUGAAAUCCCCGAGGAGGAGGACGUGCUUGUACUGAAGAAAAGUAACUUCGAAGAGGCGCUCAAAACUUACCCAAACGUCCUUGUUGAGUUUUAUGCGCCCUGGUGUGGGCACUGCAAGGCCCUGGCUCCCGAAUAUGCCAAAGCAGCUGGUAUGCUGAAAGCUGAGGGCUCAGACAUCAGACUAGCUAAGGUAGAUGCCACGGAGGAAUCUGAGCUCGCUCAAGAGUUUGGUGUUCGUGGAUAUCCCACCAUCAAGUUCUUUAAGGGAGGAGAGAAGGAGAACCCCAAGGAGUAUUCUGCUGGUCGACAGGCUGAUGAUAUCGUCAACUGGCUGAAAAAGCGAACUGGCCCCGCAGCGACUACUUUAAGUGAUGUGACACAGGCAGAGUCUCUUAUUGCUGAUAAUGAGGUUGCAGUAAUUGGGUUCUUUAAGGAUGUUGAAUCUGAAGAUGCCAAGGCCUUCAUUAAAACUGCAGAGGCUGUGGAUGACAUACCCUUUGGCAUCACCUCUGAUGAUGCAGUCUUUUCAAAGUUUGAAGUUACCAAGGAUGGUGUUGUGCUUUUUAAGAAGUUUGAUGAGGGUCGGAAUACUUUUGAUGGAGAGAUCAGCAAAGAACAGCUACUGCCCUUCAUCAAGGCCAACCAGCUUCCCCUGGUUAUUGAGUUCACAGAGCAGACUGCUCCAAAAAUCUUUGGAGGUGACAUCAAAUCCCACAUCCUAAUGUUUGUACCCAAAACAGCCAAAGACUUCCAGGACAAGAUGGACCAAUUUAAGAAAGCAGCAGAGGGCUUCAAAGGCAAGAUUCUCUUCAUCUUUAUUGACAGUGAUGUGGAUGAUAACCAGCGAAUUCUGGAAUUCUUUGGCCUUAAGAAGGAAGAGUGCCCAGCUAUUCGCCUCAUCACCCUCGAGGAAGAGAUGACCAAAUACAAACCAGAAACCUCAGAAAUCACAGCAGAGAACAUCAUCACCUUCUGCACAGCCUUCACAGAGGGGAAAUUAAAGCCUCAUCUGAUGAGUCAGGACAUUCCUGAAGACUGGGAUAAGAACCCUGUCAAGGUCUUGGUGGGCAAGAACUUUGAAGAGGUUGCCUUCAACCCUGCCAAAAAUGUCUUUGUAGAAUUUUAUGCCCCAUGGUGUGGUCACUGUAAGCAGCUAGCCCCCAUCUGGGAUCAGUUGGGUGAGAAAUUCAAAGACAACGCAAACAUCGUUGUGGCCAAGAUGGACUCCACAGCCAAUGAGAUUGAAACUGUCAAAGUGCAUAGCUUCCCCACGCUGAAGUUCUUCCCUGCUGGCGAUGACCAUAAGGUAAUUGACUACAAUGGUGAGAGAACACUAGAUGGAUUCACAAAGUUUUUGGAGAGUGGAGGAAAAGAAGGUGGAGCACCAGCAGGGGAUGAGGAUGAGGAAUCAGAAGAUCUGGAUCUUGAUGAUGCAGAGGAGGAUGAUUCAGAUGUGGAAGAGGGACACGAUGAGUUAUAAGAGACAGGAAGAAAAGGCGAGACAAAACCCUUCACCACCACCACCUCCACUUUAAACCUCCCUGUCUGUGAACACUAAAGCUUUUCCUAACUAAUUGUACCGCCACUGGGCGUUACAGGGUCCUUCGUCAGCCAGUACUUUCAUUAGCACCCCAGCUAACCAUCUGCAGCCCAGAGAAGUGCCUCUCUGCCCACAACAACUUUAUCUCUUUCAAGUGUUUGAUUUUGCUUUUUUUUUUUUUUUUUUUUUUUUUUUUUUUUUUUUUUUGGCAUUAAACUAUAUUUGGUUUUUAGGUUUAAUUGUAAUGGUAAUGUUUAACUGCUCUUUACCUGUCCACUACCUCCAUUUAUACUCUGGGGGGCUAAGAUUUUAAGAUUUUGCAGUUUAAUACUGGUAAAACUCUCCCUAUGAAGGAGGGGGAAAGUCAGUUAUUCUGCCUUGAUUCUGUGAUAUGAGUGAAAGGAUAUUUUAGGGCAGAGGGGCUGUAUGUUGAUGUUCAUAGGGUGGAAAUAAAAUUAUAAUAAUGGGCUGCUAUUACAGUGCAUACAAAACAUAGCUGAGACCAAACUAAGGUACCUUCCCUGUUUCUUUACAGUCAAGCCACAUUGUCAUAUUCCAGAUUUUCCAAAAUCUUUAACACUUGCUACUAAAUUAUUUUUAAAGAUGUAAAAGUGGAGAACUUGUUUUAUUUAAUUUUAUAUUUCAAUUAUUAUUAUUUUUUUUUAUUAUUUUUUUUUUUUAUAAUCUUACAUACUGAAGGGCCCAGAAACGGCACUUUUGUUGACUUUUACCUGGGGCAGAGUUGGCCCUCUCAGCUUUCUGGUCAUCUGGGAGGAUGAUUUAAAACCUUCUUUUUGCACUUCAUUGAGUGCCAUCAGAGAUUCCAUAUCAGUUACUGAAAUGGCAAAGAUUUGUCAUCUUGUAAGGACAAUAACUCAUCUCCCAUACCCUUCCUGCUUUCCAUCACUUUAGUGGAAGAUUCCUUCCAAUCAUUGCCGGUUAACAAUGUCUGAGUGGUCAGUGUGACGGGGAGAAGAAAGUGUGCUUGUAACCAGAUUAAUCGGUCUUUUCCCCUUCUUAUGCCAGGGUUCAAGGUUGUGUGUGUGAUUUGAUUAACCCUCAUGUUGUCUGUCUUUAUUUUUCUAGGAGGGGUGAAUUUCAGGGUUGACAUUUAAAGAAAGGGGGGGGGUUUGUGAAUUAUACUGGGAGGGAUUUGGGUUUUGAAACGAAGCAUUCCAUUGCAUUAAAUUGACUGAUAAAGUAAACUGGUGGCCAAAUAAACAACAAAAUGGUGAUAAA